GUGAAACUUUCACGCUAAUGUAGAAUUGAAGACCUUCGUGAAAUACUGUUAUUUUGCAGGUUGAUAUAAAGAUAAGUAUAUAGUUUUAGGAUGCAGGAAAAUAUAAUUUCAGCAAAUUCGUCAAAAGUAUUCGUCUUGCCUGAGAAAUGUAUGUCUAACGGUCGGAAAUGUUCAAUUAUAACAUUACUACACCCAAGAACGCAAGAAAAAACUAAGUUUCUUAUUUCAUCUGAUGAAAAUAAAACUGAGCUUUUUGAGCUAAACCAAUAUACUGACGAAUUUUCGUCUUGGUUUAUAAAUAACGAAACAGUAAAAUCUGACGGCACAGUAUAUAUAGUUACGCCUAUGGACCCACUUUUUAUGUGUCUGCCUUCGUUGUGUGCGAACGCAAGGGAAAAAUUUGUGCCACUGGAUCAAAUAUUUUCAACUGAAAACGGAGAAGAAGUUUUGGGUAAAGUUUUUGAGCAUUCUGCAUUAAAUGUGAAGCAACUGGAUAAUGUUUGUGACUCUAAAAGUUGCGUGGACCUUCUUGCAUAUAGAUACAAUGAAACAAAAACACUGGAAUGGCUGAAAGUCAAAGUUGAACGAACCGUUGAUGCGUUGAAGUCAGCUGACUUGUUCAUUGGAGACACUGAAGGUGAUGCAUACACACGUUACGCAUACGGACUUAUUUGCGAAAAUAUUCACGCUGACUUGGCAAAGAAACUCGCUACACAUUUGAAGAUACCAGAACGAAUAGAGAAACGUAAAAGUUCUGGGAAUCAACCGAGCGCUAAGAAAGUGAAAACUGAAGCAAGUGAAGAUUACUCCAAACUUGUCAAAUCUCCAACUAACUCAGAAAACAAGAAUUUAACUCGAGCCCAAAAAGCGCUCAAAAAAGUCGACAAAAGUGGAAUGAAAAAUAUUUCAAGUUUUUUUGGCGCAAAACCCAAAAAGAAAUGACGUAUCAUGAAUUAACUACUUCUUAUUGCCAAAAAGUUCUAAAAAGCCUUUUUAACAAUUGUGCGGUGCAGGAAAUCCAGAGCAGGCCUGUCCACCCUGCCACUUGGUUUGGCGCCUUGGUAUCUAGUGGUAACAGGCAAGUAGGGCAACCUAUGGCCUAAUUACCAGGUCCUUGCCAUGCGUCACCAUAGAUAAAACCUCUCCUUUCAAUUUGUAGCUAUACUUUUAGUUCCAUAUUGAAUUUCUUCAUAUUGUGCCAACAUUGGUAAACUUAUCUUUAAAGUUGGUUUUGUUGUUUAG